AAGGAACCUCAAAGCUCAAGAGACUUAAAGAGAGAGAAACAUUGAUCUCUGAAUAUUGUGAACAUGUUGAAAUCAAGUAACAAGAGAAAAAGCAAAGAAGAGAAGAAGUUACAAGAAGGGAAGUACCUUGGAGUGAGGAGACGUCCAUGGGGAAGAUAUGCAGCUGAAAUCAGAAACCCUUUUACUAAAGAAAGACAUUGGCUUGGAACGUUUGAUACAGCCGAAGAAGCUGCUUUUGCAUAUGACGUUGCUGCUCGAUCCAUCAGCGGCUCUCUAGCUACAACAAACUUCUUCUACACUGAAAACACCUCUUUAGAAAGACAUCCACAACAGUCUUUGGAGCCUCAUAUGACUUGGGGAUCUUCUAGUCUCUGUCUUCUUCAAGAUCAGCCUUUUGAAAACAACCAUUUUGUUGCUGAUCCUAUCUCUUCUUCUUUUUCUCAAAAACAAGAGUCUUCUACCAAUCUCACUAACACUUUCUCACAUUGUUAUAAUGAUGGUGAUCAUGUUGGCCAAAGCAAAGAGAUUUCUUUACCUAAUGAUAUGUCAAACAGUUUAUUCGGUCAUCAGGACAAAGUCGGUGAACAUGACAAUGCAGACCAUAUGAAGUUUGGCUCAGUUCUCAGCGACGAACCUCUCUGCUUUGAGUAUGACUACAUUGGGAAUUAUCUUCAGAGUUUUCUCAAAGAUGUCAACGACGAUGCUCCACAGUUUCUUAUGUGA